AAAAAUAGUAGUAGUUCUUGUUGCGGCUAGCUUAAUUCUUAAAAGUUGUACGUCUACGUGCUAUUAACGACCUUGUUUUUCGUUACGAUUGAGUCGUAAAACAAGUGAAUGAAUAGAGGGCUUUUCGUAUAUCUUUAUUUUUGUACGUCUAGAUGGCCUGUAGUUGCUCGUAGCAACUGCCUACUUCAUCUCCAUCAUUAACAACCUCGUUACCCCCCAAAGGCAACAAUUUCAACAAAAUCUACUCAAAAGCAAAAAAUUGGCGAUCUUCGUCCUCGUUGUGGUUCUUUGCGACAUCAAUCCUACAACACGGCUACACCGACGACAUCAAUCCUAGAGGAAAGCAACGUCGAUAUCAGUUUCCACAUCGUGGCCGUCAUUUCGAGGGUCAGCUUCUCUGACGGUGAGACACGAAGAUGCCUGGGGGCACCCGACUUCUUCCGACGUGGACCACGCCUCAUCAUCUGUGGAGAUCACAGAGUCGAUCCUCAUCUGGUGCAGGAGUCCUUUUGUUAUGACACUUAACUUUUUCCGGAACAAGUACUACCUCAUUAGUACUUGAUGUGUUCAUGAUUACUACUGUCUGGGAAUAGUCGCACUACGACAAAAAAUGACUACGACGUAGUAGAAGUAGUGGCUCUUCUUGCGGUAUUUCGAACCAUAAAAACAGCACUUGCACACUUGUGCCUCUUGAUCCUGAACCUGAUCAUAAAACGAAAUAAGAUCAUCUACAUCUGGUUACUACAACCGGAUAAAAUAUGAAAUAAGGUAUAUAGUGGCUACAUCUGGGUUACUACAACCUUAUAAUAUGUUAGAGUAGUUUAUAGAACGGAUGUAGGAUGGACUUGGAUGGAUCGGAUGGACCCCCCUGAUUCUUCCGAUCCUACUUGAAAUGGUGGGAAGUCCAUCCGUUCCAUCCGAUCCAUCCCAUCCCGGAUCUGGCACCCCUAUAAAUUGCUCUGAUAUGUAACACUCAUAUAUACUUACUUGCUCUUCCUCUAACGUGAGCAGCAGGAGGAAAUGUGCCAGGUGUCCAAUACCACCAUCCGUCGGCAUCAUCUACAAAGCGGCAGUUUGCAUCCGUUUACAACCGGGAAAAGCCACAUGUCAAUAUAUUACGGAGAGUGAAUCUACUGAAGUGCUUAUUUAUCAUGGUCGCAUGUGGUGUCGGUGUGCUUAACAGGUGAUGUACACCUACACACUAUCGACGUCCCAAGUGCUUAACUGAUUUUAACAUCAUACAUUCCUAUCCCAUGAUGUUGAGGUGGACCUGGAAGAUGCAGCACCUGAGUGGCAAGGGAGAAUCUUAUGAAUGUGGGGAAAGAUGAAUGAGGAAGAUUAUCCACAUCAGCCACCGGGGGCGAUAAAAUGGUUGUCACUCUAUCUUCUCUAAGAUGAGGCACGAUCGGCCACGUUGAUCAUGGUGAGUUCGACGGUUUAUUGCAACAUUACAUGCUUGGUGGGGAGAGUGUUGACUGUGCCUGUAGGCGCCGAUACUAGUGUGUAGUUUUCUCUUGUUCAAUCUUUGUCUACUUAUUUGACAAUUACAGUUACACGAUGAAAUAGACACGAAAUAGAAGGAUAAUAAAAAAUUAUCCUGAUCAUUUUUACACCUCCACAAGGCAAAACGACACUGACCGCAGCUAUUACGAAAGUUCUAGCAGAGAAAGGCGCGGCUGAAUUUAGAGACUACUCUCAGAUUGACAAGGCACCCGAAGAGCAAAAACGUGGAAUCACCAUAAAUCAAGCGCAUGUGGAGUACUACAGCUAUGUAGAACAACUCCUCAUAUGACCAUCAUACUCCUUUACCUUGUGUGUAUCCGGAUCCGGAAGACGUUCACUUCUGUGCGAGAUUAAUAAAUUGCAUUGCGUUGUAUCGUAUUGCAUUCUAUGUAUUGUACUGUACUAUUGUAUUUUUGUACUAUUCAUUGUAUUUUUGUACUAUUGUAUUUUUGUACUAUUGUAUUGCAUUGCAUUGUAUUGUAUUGUAUUAUGUACCACCCGUAUCCUCCACGACAGAGGGACUUUCUUGGAAUCACCAUAAAUCAAGCGCAUGUGGAGUACUACAGCUAUGUAGAACAAGUGUUCAUAUGACCAUCAUACUCCUUUACCUUGUGUGUAUCCGGAUCCGGAAGACGUUCACUUGUUCUGUGCGAGAUUAAUAAAUUGCAUUGCGUUGUAUCGUAUUGCAUUCUAUUGUACUGUACUAUUGUAUUUUUGUACUAUUGUAUUGCAUUGCAUUGUACUGUACUUCUAUUGUAUUGUAUUUUGUACCACCCGUAUCCUCCACGACAGAGGGACUUUCUUGUUCUACGCACUCUCUACUUCUGCUAUACACGACGUACAACAGAUAUUCAACGGAGACACGGCAUUAUGUUAAGGCUCAACUUUCACCGGUCACCAUUUAGAUUGGAGCCACUGAAAUCGAAGAGGCGGCCUUCCCUUGAGAGUAUAACAGGGGAAAAUCAAAAUGAAGGGCAAGGGGAAAAUCACUUCUAGGGGGUCUCUUCCGUUCAGAGUAGUCACAGUGACCAAGGAAUUAUGCUGGGCUUUAAUUCUGGACACGUGGACUGUCCUGGGCACGCGGAUUAUGUCAAAAAUAUGAUAACUGGAGCCGCACAGAUGGAUGUUAUGGUCGGUAGUUGAUCAUUAUCUGGACUCCAGAUUCUGGAGGUGUGGUGGUGAUCAUGGCCCAUGACAGUGGUACCUCAGUGGAUCCUCACUGGUGGUGGACCUCACUGGUGGUCGACUUGUGGUUGUGGACUUCCCCUUUGAUAGUGAAGAUUGCAGAUCAUACAUAGAUUUAGAUUAUUUUAUCAGGCCCUUGCGAUAGUUCUAGUUUUUGCUGGCCGAAUGUACCCUCUUAUGCGCCCCCAGUAUGUAACUUCUUUAGUUGUUUAGGAGAUGUAUUCAAUUGUUUAAACGGGCGGUGGCAUAUAGUCCUAUGGAAAAAAAAAACGCCCGCACGUCUCAGGCUACCGCUCUUCGCCCCUUGAUUGAUUCAAUAAGGCAAGGGAUAGGAACGGGAAUGGAAUCUACUACACCUGAAUGGUUUUGCUUCCUGUCUACCAGGUUGCAGGUAGCAGGAACAAACUAAGGGGAGCGCGACAGUUAGGAACCACAGAUAAUGAUUCCUCACAGUAGAUAAUGAUUCACUACUACCUCCUUUAAAAAUGGAGCAAUCUUAGUCGUAUCAGCCUACGACGGUCCGAUGCCACAAACGCGGGAACAUUUGCUUUUAUGUUCGAAGAUACAAAUUUCAUCUUGUUGUAGCCCCAAAUUUAUUAGAAGCGGAAGCCAUAGUUCAUCGGUAGUUUUUUGUAGAGCAUUCCCUUAUGACAAGCCGUAGAAGUUAAUUUACCAUCACCAUCUUCUUCGAGCUACUCGUCCCAGCAUCUGGAUGUUCUACCUCUGAUCUUAAUGUCUCUAAUCCUCUUGUCGAAGCAAAUUGGGGUCCCGAGGUUAGUGGUCUUCCUGAACAAGAUGGACAUGGUGGAGGACCCAGAACUAGUGGAGCUCGUGGAGUUGGAGCUUCGAGAAAUGCUAGACUUCCAUGGAUUUAUUACGGCUAAUGUAUGACGAUGAUGUUGAUCAAUGUAAUAACUUGCAAAAAUCACAUCCCAAACAAAGUUUCAAACCCCACCCUCUCUCAGUAAUAAGCUGGAUGUACCCCUAGAAUGGGUUUACUACUACUACUGCUACUAUGUUGAUCAUAAUGAUGAUGAUCCUGGAGGAAGAUUAGUGCUAGUACGUAGUAAGUAAGGUAAGUUCAGGCUUUUGCCUCUAGUAGUAAGAAAUCAUGCAAGUAAGGUUAGUGCCUCUAGUAGUAAGAAUUCAUGCAAGUAAGGUUAGUGCUUCUAGUAGUAAGAAAUUAUGCAAGUAAGGUUAGUGCUUCUAGUAGGUUUGUUCCCUGAAAUUAGUAAAGCUAAGGCUAUAGUGGAGGCUGUCACAUUCUUGGAGAUCGUAGCCAGACAGGUCUAAUCUGAACGGCGAAGAGACUCCAUUUAUAAAGGGAAGCGCUACCAAAGCACUUAAAGGCGAGGAUGGAGAAUUAGGCAAGAGCUGUGUCGAAAAGUUGAUGGAAAGCGUCGACAGCUACAUUCCAGUGCCGCAGAGGCCUAUCGACAAACCCUUUUUGAUGAGUACUUUAUUUAUCGACAAAUAACCCUUUCUGAUGAGUACUUAUUUUCACCACAUCCAGUUGGCGGGAUUUCUGUCUACAACAUGUGUAAGUAAAUGCAAAUCUCUCCGAAGUUUGAUGGAUAUCAGCACAUCAAGCCCGUCACAGGUUUCAACAGCUACUUGGCAUAGGUAUCGAAUUCGAAUGUGUGUUCCUGUAGCAGGUGCUGCAGAUCUCUCAUAAUAUUAGACCCUUUCUACUUCGUCUAACAGGUAUAGAAAGUGUGCUGCAGAUCCCGAAUAA